UUGGAUGCGUGGUGGAUGGGCGCGUGGUCCGAUAGCGAAGACCGAAGCGCUCCGCGGUCGUCACUUGUUCACGGUCUCUCGAGUGGAGAACUUUUCAUCCCCAUUAUACAUCUCUCACGCGUGUCGCGGCUAUUUACUCCCGAGAAACGGGCGAGUUUUCAAAAAUAUCCACGAGAUCGAGCGAUCGAGAUCGAUCAGUGAGCAGCAUUAUUUUUGCGAGGAAAAUAAUUAUGAAUCAGUUAACGAUUCGACGCUCGCGCGAUGUUCGAUUUGAUGUGCAGAGAACGAUCGACAAUGAUAAGUUUCAGUGCGUUGCUUGAUCGGAGUUCAAUGUAGUGUCGCAAUCAUGACUGUCAGAAAAAAGAGGAACGAGCCUCCUUAUCCAGAAUAGAAUCGUACGGUGAAUGGACAAUUCGAUCGGUGACAUCAUUACUAAGCUGUCGAUCAGGCUGAUGAAACGCGCAAAGUAUGGAAUUUUCGGACCGAUAUAUCGUGAAGAUCGACAACAUCACGGAACUGAUGAACCUGAGCGAGUCCGAUUAUCUGAAGUCGAUCCUGGGGCCGAAACACCUGCCGCUGAAGCUCGUGUUACCGAUCACCUUCGUCUACGUCGCGAUCUUUGUCACAGGCGUGUUCGGCAACGUGGUCACCUGCAUCGUUAUCAGGCGAAAUCCCGUCAUGCAAACCGCCACCAAUUACUAUCUAUUCAAUCUAGCGAUAUCCGAUCUGCUUCUCUUGAUUCUCGGAUUGCCUAACGAAUUAAGCGUGUUUUGGCAGCAAUAUCCAUGGACACUUGGAGUGGGUUUGUGCAAGAUACGAGCGUACGUUUCAGAAAUUUCGUACGUUUGUUUAAGGUCGUCUUACGUGUCGGUGUUAACGAUAGUGAUAUUCUCGUUGGAGAGGUACCUAGCUAUAUGCCACCCCUUACAUUUGUAUGCGAUGAGCGGACUGAAACGACCUAUACGAUUCAUCUUAGGCGCCUGGUUACUGGCUCUCAUUUUCGCUCUACCCUUCGCCGCUUACACCACCGUGAAUUACAUCGAGUAUCCGCCAAGAUCGGGUCGUCAUUCCGAGGAGUCGGCAAUGUGUGCCAUGUUGUUACCUAACAUGCCCAAGUUUCCGCUUUACGAGCUCAGCUGCCUCAUAUUCUUCCUCGUGCCGAUGUUGUCGAUAGCAGUGCUUUACGUGAGGAUGGGCCUGCGAAUACAAAGCAACGGUCUCGGGCGCAGCAUCGAGGGCUCCGUUCACGGAGAGACGAGGCAGGCUCAAUCGCGAAAAGCCAUCAUCCGGAUGCUCAGUGCGGUCGUGAUAACAUUUUUUAUCUGCUGGGCGCCCUUUCACGCUCAGCGCUUAAUGUACGUGUAUCAGGUGUCAGCCUUCGACGACAUUAACGAGUGGCUGUAUCCGCUGGGCGGUUGCCUGUACUACUUCAGUACCACCGUGAACCCGAUCCUGUACAACGUGAUGAGCGCCAAGUAUAGGUUGGCGUUUAAGAAAACGCUGUACUGCUCACCGACGAGCCCCACUAUCACGAGGGACGACCUCAGCAGCAUGAAAGAUAGCACGAUAUACGGAUGCCCGUCCAGAAGAGGGUCUCAGGUGGUUCGCAUAAGAAGUGUACACUAUCAACGUAGCAUUAGAUGCAACGUGUCGCACGCGAGCGCGAUGCUUCGUUCGCCUAUAAGACUACGUUACGACGACGAGGAUGACGACGCGAGCCACGUUUGCGACGUGGACAGAAUGUCGUGCGACGUUCUCAGUCCUGACAUCCAGCCACAAGAUACAAAGAGAUCCUCCUUCGUCGCGCAUUCAAGAAACGGCGGAACAACAUAUCGGUCGAGUGAAAAAACGAGAGAUAGCGUCUCACCGAUCACAGCAAACGAGACGUGUAUCUGAUCCCCGGUUUAUCCCCGCGGGAAAAAGAAGUGCUGCGCGAGGAUCGUAAGAACCACUCGCGUCCUCAAUAAGAAACUACCGUGUCGCUUUCGCAUACGCGAUGAGACUCACGCGCACUAUCCAGCAUUAAACUUCCAGAGACAGACGUGUCGCGUUGUCCUCCCCGAGGAGCGUAUCCGUAGAGAAGACGAGGAAUCAAGUUUUGUGGAAAGUUGCGUUUGAAAAUGACGUUUCGCAAACUCUACACAAGCGAAAUUGUAAAGUGUUUGUGACGAACGAUAUGUCGAACUAAGAAAAAUCUAGUAUUACUAAGUUAUAUUUGUUUACUGCAACAUUGAACGUUAUCUUCAAUAAAGAUUUCGCGAAGUUAAUCGAAUUCCGCGCGAAAUUAAAUGAAUGAAUUAAUUGAUAUGAGGUACACUUCGUGUAAAUUGCACUGAUAAAGAAAAUAUAUAAAUGGCGAAAUACCAAGACGAAAUUUAAUCUGAUAGAACGCAAAUAAAGCUUGUAAUCAGUGUGUGCAAUUCUAAGUGCAGAAGACUGGAAGAAAAGCGACGUGAAGAGAAGAAAACGUAUUGCUGGAUGUUUCAGAGUUCAACAGAUAAUUGAUGAACAUUAUGUUAAUUAAAAGAUUUUUCAAAAUCUUUUAAUUAUAAUGUUACAAAAUAUUGAUGAGAUCGUGUAUUUUUUUAUUUUUAUAAUUUUUCAAUAAUUAUUUUAUAAAUAAUUUUAAAAAAUAUAAACUUUAAUUUACAUGUAAAAUAUAUUCAUUUAACAUUUUAUUUCUACGUAAUAGUAGCAGUAAUAGUAAUCAAAACGGAUGGAACUACGUCAAUCCCUAUAGAGGUCACCUAGAUUUAAAGAGUUCCUCUGUGACUACCAUUUCUUUUUCCUUAGGCUUAGUAGAGACAGAUUGAUCCUUAAGCCUAACACAACCUCCAGAUUUCUUUAAGGUUUGGCCUCAGGUUCUUAGCUUUACGCCCUAGUUAAAUAUAAGCCAACCAUAACCAUAACCUUGUAUUUGCGAUACUAGAAAUCAAUCCGAGAUUUCGGACAGAAACAGAAUCGAAUUAGUUAGUUGAACGAAUUGUUCAAAUGCGAUUAGUCAAUUCUUUUUCUAUCCAAGAUCUCGAACCAAUUUUUAUCAUCGUGGAUACAAGACAUAUCUCAGGUUUCCUUGCCGUAAGUCUUUGGAAAAUAUAAAUGUCAGCAGUCUCGACAAAGGCAACUCUCAAUAGUUUGUCAUUGUCUUUUAUGCGAGAAAUGACGAUCAA